UGCCUGCUUGCAGACAGGGCUCCAACCGACUCGCCCCGUCGGCGCUGCGUACCGGCUAGUCCCGCAACUUUCGCCAGCCUCGCGGGCCGGGCAAAGAGGCUUUCUGCUCGCUCGGUCCAGUCCAGGGCUCGCUGCGGAGGAGGCGGUCCCGCCAAGCCGAGCUCGGAGCCGGCUGCCUCCGCCCCUCGGAGCCUCCCAGCCGCGGCUGCUCGAGGGGGCGGGUCGCGCGCGCGGCAACUUUUGGAGCCCGAGAGAGCCGCGGAGGCUGGCAGCGAGGGCAGGCAGCAGCGGAGCGAGAGCCACACUUGGGACGCCGCUCGCUCGCUCGCUCGGGCCGGCGGAAGAGGCCACUGCGGCGCUGCAGCUGGCGAGGAGAUGGCCGGGGGCGCGGGCGGCGGGGCCAGGGGCUGGCUGGGGGUCGCCCUGGUGGGCCUUCAGCUCUGGUCUGUGACACUUGCCUUGGAGGUUUCGGUGGGCAAGGCGGCCGUUAUCUAUGUAAAGAAUGGCACGGAUGUCCUCUUGCCCUGCACAUUCACCUCUUGCAUCGGAAUCGAGAGAGCCAACUUCUCGUGGAUCAGCAAUAGCACUGAAAUAUUCAAAGGAAUCAUCAAGAACAAAGACUCCAAGCCAGAGCCCUAUCCAGAGUACAGGUCUCUCAUCAAGUACGAGAUGCCAACUGAUAUGGCCCUCAGCAAGGAUAACCGGGAGUUCAACGUCUCCCUCCUGCUCCUCUUUGCAGAGUUCAGUGACUCUGGGAAAUACACUUGCUUUGUUAAGAACCCAAAAGAGAAGAAUGCCAACCAUAGUGCCACCAUCACGCUCAAAGUGGUCGUGGAAAUGGAGAAGAAGGACAACACGCUAACGCUGAUCAUUGUGUCAGUCGUUGGGGGCGUCAUUGGACUCCUGGUCCUCAUCAUGUUGAUCAAGAAACUCGUCCUCUUCAUUCUCAAGAAGACACGGGAGAAAGAGUGUCUUGUGACUUCUUCAGCAAAUGACAACACAGAGAAUGGGCUAGCCGGCUCCAAAACAGAACAGAAAUCCGCCCCAAAGGCAUGAGGCCACUGUGGAACUGGUGACCUGUGAGGCCCUGAAAUCCAGGCCCAAGAAGAAGAGGAGGAGAGUCGACCAUUUCCAAAUGAUUGAUGCUUGAGACACAUGACUAUAUUACACAGUUGGCUGCAACCAGCACUGCUUCUCAGAUAAGACUGCAGGCAUUGGACAGGCAGGCCGGGGGGAGGAGGGGCUGUGUGCUCAGGUAGUUCUUAAGCCACCAGGAGGAUGCUGCCAGAUGGGAUUUGGUAGGUGUGAGCUUGGGCAUCUUCAGUGCAAGAGCCUGGGCUGGCAGGUGGGCGUGGUGCCAGGGACUUGGUUCUCCUCCUGGGCAGAGGGCAACCAGCUGAUACAGAUGGGCUGUGAUCCAGGGGAAAUGCUUGGCGCCCUCUUCCCUGCCAGCCUCUCACAGGAGCUGAGGCUCAUUUCUAAAGGAUGGGAGGGCCAACACUGCUGGGACAGAACUUGCACAGGUAAUAGGAGUUUGAAGCACUACUGGGAGCCAGACGCCAUUUUGCUUGUACCGCUGCUGGACUUUGUCAUCUUUCCUGUAUCCUGGAGUGGGUGGGAGAGUGGAUGAGCUGCAAAUUGCACCUGGAGCCUGCUGCUCUGUCACCACUACUGCCCACCCACCCACCCACCCACCCACCCACCACAACAGCUUCACAAUAUUUUUUGUUUGUUUUGUUUAAAGCUUGUGUGAUUGUGAGGCUGAGGGGGAUAGAAGAAGCAGCCUGGCUCUCACUGCUCAUGCUACACCCCUCCGAGGUUGGGGUUCCUGAAGUGGCGCUCCCCACCUGCAGACCCCAGGGCUCUUGCAACACCCAGCAUGGUGGUGCCCUUGCUCUGCUCUCAGCUGUUCACUGUAGUGAGGAAUGGCACCUUUUCCUAGGCAGCCUCUUUCCAACCCAAUUGGUGAGUCACAGUCCUGGUCCCAACUUACUUGCAUUGGCUCCUUCUCCUGAUCUCCUGGUGAGAGAGGAGAUGACGAGAGCCAGGAGAUUCGCUUCUUGUUUCAGGCCUUUGGACCACCUUGGAGCUGUCAAGGCCUUAAGUGUGAAGCAAGCCAAUUCCCUGGCACUCCCCUCCCCUCCUAGCUGGCCUGCCUCUUUGCCCUACAUCCCUCCCCCUCUCCUGGGCUUCCUGCUGGGAGAAGAGGAAGGGAGUCUCUUCUGUCUGGCCACGCUCAGCAGCAACUCUGAUGGGAACCUUGCAAGGCUUGCAUCCAUCUGCAGGUUACAUUGUCUUGCCAGGAUCAUGACCAAAACACUUGAUCCAAAAGGCCUUGUCUUCUCUGCUACCCAGCAGCCCUAAAGCCCCCAUUGCAGGAAGCUCCCCUCUCCCAGGACAGCUUGGUCCCUCUUUGCUGGCAAAGGGUGGAGGGGGGCCUGGAACCCCUAACCCUCUGACAUCACCCGUUCUGUAUUUUAUUUAUUGGUCGUUUGCAUUUAUAUCCCACCUUUUUCUCCAAGAAGCUCAAUGUGUUAUGCAUGGUUUUCCUGCUCCUCAUUUAAACCCUGUGAAGGUAGGCUGAGAGGAAUUCAUUGAUCCAAGGAUUUUAACCCUGGUCUCCCAGGUCCUCAUCAGACACUCUAACCACCACCACCAUUAUUAUUAUUAUUAUUAUUAUUAUUAUUAUUAUUAUUAUUAUUAUUAUACCGCCAUAAACCCAGAGGUCUCACUCUACCACACUGGCUUGCUAGAGCCACUAAUAUCUCCUCUGUGAUAAAUAAUAUAUAUAUAAACCUAUCUCCCUGUAGCCAGGCCAAAUGGGGAUCCUGCAAAAUGACACGGACAGAGAAGCAUGGCAACCUCACAGCUGCAUCCCCAUCGCUGUGUGUUUGGUUCAGUUGGGCAUUUUCAGAAUUUGGAAUGUUGUCUUUCCCUGUUUAAACUGGGGGAAGAAAUCAAAGCUCUGUAGGAUAGUGGACCCAGAUCCAUGCUGAUUUUUUAGCUUAUGGCAGAAAUUUACAGGCUUUUUUUGUUUACCAUGAGGACUAGCAUCAAUAACACUAAUAACUAAUAAUAAUGAAAGCUAUGUGUUUGCAAAUCCUGCGCAAUGUUGUCCUCCAACCCACAAGAGGCCACUUCCUCCGCAUUGUGGUCUGGGAGAAUUUGGCCAAGGGCAGCGUCCAAAUCUCCUGACCUCCCAAGGGCUUGGGGAGGAGGGAGGGAAGGAGGGAGGCAGUUCUGGGUGGCGCUCCCAACUCCCAUUUCUCAUUGAAGAGAUACAUUUCCUGUGCGUGACAGAAAAGUGGCCGAACAGAUGCCAUUUCUUCUGGGGAGUAGGAGAAAUGGCCAGCUCCUACCGCAGCAGGGUUCUCUCUCUUGCUUUUUGGGUGCCUUUGAAAUAGUCACAUCCUUCAUCCGUGCCUCAGUCUCCCAUACGAUGUGUAAUAAUAUCAGCCUACCCUGUGUGGUGGUGGUGUAAGGAGGCUUGAUUCAUGACCGUUGUCAGAUGCUUUGUAAGUGUGUGUGUGUUAUUAGGUUGAGAGGAAGGCCAGCAAAGUGAGUGCAAGAAUUUUAGCAGCUGUGGCAGCAAACAUGGAUGGCCUCAGCUCUCUCAAGUGACUUCCUGGCUGUCUUGCACUCUCCCCCCCCCCACCCCACAAGCUUUGGAAAGACGCCACCUCCCCAUUUCUGGAUCCUGCUGUGAUUUCUGCUCCUAUGUCUGCUUUCUUUCCUCCUCCCCCCUGACCCCCAUCCCCAAUGCAAGGAGGUGUGAACAGCAAUAACAGUGCAACCCAGCCUGAGCCAGCAGCCGGCAGGGCGGGCUGGUGUUGGACAAAUUAACCAGAUUCCUCAGGUUAAUGAAUUCUCUUCACUGGGUGUAACAGCAAAUCCAAAGAAAAGGAAACUAUCACCCGCCUCCGCCUGCCUGCACUCCUCUGAACCAUCUGCCUAAGCAGGCUGGUGGAGGUGGGUGAAGUCACAGUCUGUGAAAUUAUUUGGCAAUAAUUUCAGAAGGUGGGAGCCUGGAAGGGCCAAGGAAGGGCUCCAGUUCAGAGCCAGGCUUGCAGGCAGAGCUCCCAUGGGUGUCCCGGAGCCGCCCAGCAGGGGGCACCAGCUGCUUAGGGUGGAGGAAGAAGUUGAGGGGCAGCAUUGGCCAGGGAACCUCCUGCCCAGGAGGCCUUCUGGGCUGGGCUAACACUGAUGCCCCUCCCCUCCCAGCUCUGCUUUUAUUUCAAGCUGAGCCUUUGCCCCAGGGCGGGGGCAAGUUGCCACCAGGAGCAGUGGCCGGCUAGACUCUGGUGCAAAACUUGAGCCUGCCCGUGAGAGUAGCUGGUGGGACACUGGUCCUGUGCUGGCUCUUGGGAGGCCUAUUUCUCUCCCCUGGUCGCUCUUCCACUGGCAGUAGGACCCUGAGGUUGACCCUGCCUGCAGCUUCCCUCAAGGCCCUGCCUUCCCCACUAAGGGCUUUCCAUCACCAAGCUGUCUUGCGCUGAUGCGUGCCCCCUCACCCCGGGCCACCUUGCUCCCUUUGCAAAUACAAGAGACUGUCUGAGCAGAGCUCUUUCUCCCUCCUGAUCCAGCUGCUUCUGCCACAAGGCCUCCCCACUCUGCCCUCCUUCCCUUUCCAAAGAGGCUGGCAGCCUCUGCUGGAGCAAGCCCGGCGCUGCCUGCAUGCGCUCAUGCCAGGAGGAGGAGGCGGCAGGCUAGCAUAGAGGCUGGGCCAAGCACAGGUGCACCUUCGGCAACCGGUGUUGCCUUUGAGACUUCUCUUUUGCACUCUCGAGCUGUAAUUGGCUUCAUUGCCGUGAAUGAAAUAAAACCUUUAUAUUUACUACAG